AUGACACGGCACAUUUUCCUGAGAGAGUCUUGGGCUGUCCGCUGUCCUCUUCAUGAUGCUGCCAGCCAAGGAAGCCUGCUGGCCGUCAAGACUCUCAUUGCUCAGGGCCACAGCGUGAAUGUGCUGACAAUAGACCACAUUAGCCCUCUUCAUGAGGCUUGCCGAUGUAAGGAGUUCCUAUGUGCCUGCAAGCUGCUUCAUGGAGGUGCAAAUGUGCAGAAAGGCACACAUAUGGUGAUUCCUCUUCAUGCAGCUGUUCAAAAAUACUGUGUAAGCAUAUUGAAGCUCCUGCUGGAAUUUGGGGCAGAUAUAAAUGCACACAACCUGGAGUAUAAAUGGCCCGUUGAGAUUGCUCCUUCAGGGAGCCUCACAGAAGGAUUUCUAUUGAUUUAUGAAGCUACACCCCGCUCUCAGUGUCAGCUGUGCUGUCAGCAAAUCAGGGAGAGUUUGGGACAUUUACUCCAUCUACUAAGACAUUUGCCCCUUCCAAAAGCUAUAAAGUAUUUUUCUACUAUAUAGAUAACAGAAUGAAUCUCACUGGCAGGACAUUUGAAUUUUAGUGGUUUGAUUUUUUUUUUUUUAAUUAUAUAAGCUGCCAUUCCUUUUGUCCUUCAAUUCUGAUUGCCUUUUCUCUGUGGCCUGAUUUCACAUGAAUAUGCUUCUAAUGAUACCCUUGUGGGGACUGAGAUGGCAUGUUACAUUGUGUAUAACCUGUAACUAGACCCACAUGCAUGUAAAGACCCACAUGCAAUGGAAUUCUGUGAUCACAGCAUUCCAUGCAAUGCCUUGAUCACAAAAUUCCACAGAACAUUCCAAAUGUUUCUGAAGAAUUUGAAUGCCCAUCCUUCACAAAGUCUCAGUCCUUGUGUGUAUUAAACAUAUAUUUAGCUAAUGUAAUUAUGCCUUCAGAUUUUCCCCUAAAAUCAAUGCAGAAAAUUUGGAAAAAUCCAGCAUAUUCCAUUUGGGCCUGUCUGUUACUAAAAGUUGAAUUAUUGAAUAAACUGAUGACUGGUACCUUUACUGGUACUGGUGACUUUAGCUUCAUCUCUCAAUGGUCCCACAAUGCCAUUUAUAUUACAAAUGGCUAAUUUACAUUAAAUUAAUUAUAGUAAGAGGUCAUCCUGUUUAACGGAGCAUCCUUCAAUUUGUGAAAACAGAUAAUAGGUCAGAAACAAAUCUUUAUAAUGCACUAUAGUCCUAGUUUUCGCUUAAAAUUUCUUGUCUAAUACAACAGAUAUAUGGGAGUUUAAAAGCAAACGUUGUCGGUUACCAAUGCUAUUGUAGCAACAGACCUUAUUAACAGCAGCACCAUCUUUUUGAUGGGAAUGACAAC